AUGGAUCCGACCAGGAAAUCAAUCGAGGAGCAUUGGCAGGCAUCGAAUGACAAUGACAUCGAAACCGAACACGCCAUCUAUUCUGCAGACGCGAUUCUAGACUAUCCGCAAUCAGGAGAGUGCUUUAAAGGCCGUGCUGCAAUUUCUGCGCAGCGUGGUGGUCACCCGGCUGCCCGGCAGUUUACGGUGCUGCGGAUCUCAGGCGAUGGCCAUCUGUGGGUGAGUGAGUGUAUCAUCACCUAUGAUGGUAUACCAACAUACUCGGUCUCCAUCAUGCAGUUUGAUGGUGAGCUUGUGGUGCACGAGACACAGUAUUUCACUGAUAAGUUCGGUGCACCGGGGUGGCGGGCGGCACUCGCUGAGCCUAUGCCUGGCCGGCAUAUUGAAACACUUUGA